AUGUAUAGAGUAGUUUAUAUCAAGGAAGUUAAGAGAGUUUGGGACUCUUUAACAAGUUAUUAUAAAGGGUCUGACAAGGUGAAGAAAGUACGUUUCCAAACCCUCAGAAAAAAGUAUGAGCUUUUGCAGAUGGACUCAACUGAGUUGAUAAAAGAUUUCUUCUCUAAAACAUUGAGUCUUGUUAAUGAGAUGAAAGCUAAUGGAGCUACAAUUGAUGAUACUGCAAUUAUAGAAAAGAUAUUGCAUAGUUUACCUAAAAAAUUUGAGUCAAAAGUAACUGCCAUUGAAGAAUGUAAUACAGUUUCUGAUAUGAAGAUUGAUGAAGUAUUAGGAUCAUUACAAUCUAAUGAGCAGAUAAUGCUAGAGAAAUUUUUCAUUCGACCAGUUGAAGAGGCACUUCAAAGUCAGACAAAUUGGAAUAGCAGACAACAGUCUAACUCGACUAAAUCUCAAGAUGUGAAGUUUGGCAAUAAUGCCUUAGUACCAGUAAUGGGAAAGGGAAUGAUAGCUAUUAUUCUGAAGAAUGGUUCUCAAGCUUAUAUCACAGAUGUAUUUUAUGUGCCUGGACUACAUCAAAACUUGCUGAGCAUGGGACAACUUUCUGAGAGAGGAUAUUCAAUGCACAUUGAAGGAGGUAUCUGCACAAUUCAUGACAAGAGAAAGAGACUUAUUGCAAAGGUACAAAUGACCAAAAAUUGA